AUGUAUAUAAAUAAUAACAAAAAUGAGAAAAAUAACAGUCCAUCAUCAUCGGAUACCAAUACGAAGAUUGAAUCAUCAUCAACAACGGACGAUCAUUUCGAUAUAUCAUUAAUACCACAAGCAGCAAAAGAUAAUUUUGUUAUUCAAUUCAACAAACAUGUACCUACAUAUGAUCAAUUAUUUGAAUAUCAUAUUGAUAAAAAAUUAUACAAUCUUAAUCGUUAUAUUAGUGAAUCAAGAUUCUUAUCCGUUGAUUUUAAAAUAAAAAUGCAAAAAAAAUAUGAUCUUUCUAUGGCAGAAUUUAAACAUGGAUUGCGUAAUAAAAUCGAUCGUAUCGAAACAAAACAACAAACUUAUUCGGCUAGACGACAUGGUAUAUUGGGUCCAGAUUUAGCAACAGCACAUUUUAUAUUAUCACGUGGUGGUCGUGUUCGAUUCCGUCAUGAACCACAUAGAUGGGUGACUAGUCUGAAAGAAAUUCCACCAACAUUUGAUAAAAAAUAUCGUCUCAUUUCUGUGGACGGUUCUGAAUUGGCACUAAUAUUCGAAGGUUUAGAUAAUUUAAUUCUAUUGAAUGAACUUGAAGAAUUAAAUCUUGCCAAUAAUCGUCUAGAUGAUUGGUGUUGUGAUAAAUUGGCACGGUUAUUUCGUAAUUCAAAAACACUUAGUUAUCUGAAUAUAAAUGAUAAUAAAUGGAUUUCACAUCGUGGCAUAGAAGCGUUGUAUAAAAUUCCAUCAUUAAAAACAUUGGUCAUACGUCGUACAAAAGCGGCUGAAUUUCCAUUCAUCGAUCUAGUUAUUUUAAUGUUUAAUGAUAUAAAUCCUAAUUGUAAUAUUAUUUAUAAAUAACAAAAUUUCAAUUAAAAUUUCAUUUGUUAAUUUGUGGAUAUUUAAUAAAAUUAAACCAACAGACAGCAAAACGAAAACCACCAGUACGACCUAA